AUGGCUGCUUUUUUGCUUGGACGUUUCGGUGGCUGUUGCGGCUCUGCCUCUGCAGAGACACGAGAUCUUGGGCCGGCAAGACAAGGCCGGCGAUGCCGCGGCUUUUCAGAUGGCUUGGCCUCUGCCUGCUCUGGGAAAAAUUUCCGAGCCGCCUUGGAGAAGUACCACUACAUCCUCGUGGAGUUCUAUGCUCCAUGGUGUGGGCACUGUAAGCAGUUCGCACCAGAGUAUGCUGAAGCGGCGAAGCAGCUAAAGCAGGCAAGUCAGCCAAUUCCACUUGCGAAGGUGGAUGCAACAGCUGAGCUGAAGUUGGCCGAGGACUGGAUUGAGCAGGCUUUUUUGGCUACUUUCAAUUCCGGCCUGGGCUUGUCAUGCAUGAUUCGUGCACCUAGCUGCAAGCCACAGGAGUAUACUGGUGGCCGGACGGCACAGAGUGUUGUGACAUGGGUGCUGAAGAAAGCGGGUCCGCCGGCGAUCGAGCUGGAGACUGUCGAAGCCGCGACAGCCUUUGAGAAGGAGAACAGGUUGGCAGUGUUCUGCUUCUGCGAGCCCUCGGUGCGGGCAGCCUUCGAGACCGCGGCCAGGCAGAUCGAGGAUUCAGAGCUGGGGGUAAAGGUUCGUGGAGAGAAGAGGGAACUUCUGACCGCUCGGGCGCGGCGCAAGGGCGCUGUUCGAUGCCCUCGCAUGUGGUAUCCUGCCCCACCCGUUGUGGCCAUGAGCUGUGCAUCGCUGCAGGUGGCGAUUGCAAGCGGGCCGGGUGCCGCCUCGGCAUCGAAAUCAGCUGGCAGCGUUGGAGGUGAGCGUGGCCGUCUUCCCGCCAUCGCAGAGCAGGGUCAAAUUGGAGAGCGUGUGCCGCUUGAUGGCUUCCCCGAGAAGGAGGAGCUGAACUUGCCAACAGUCCUCAUGGACAGGCAGAUGAGCCCGACGAGCCCGACGAUCGAAUCGAGCACCAACUCCUUGCAAUGGAGGGUGCAUGCUUCACUUGCUUCACUGGCAUCAAGCGACGCGUCCCAUGCAGCUGUUACGGUGGGGGCGGUACCAACAGAGAAUUCCCGCAAUGUUGUGGGUGCAAGCCAACUGGAGCCUCCUCCACAGCCCCCCAAGAAGCCGCAGUUUGGAUCCUUCGCGGAUUUCUGUGCUGGCAUCCUCGUGACGCUGAGCUCCGUCAGCCAAGUCCUUGAGCUGGAGCUCAAGGGACGUUCUGCAGCUGCAGCGCUGGGCAUGGAAGACGGUGCAGACUUUACAGGCUACUUACACCUCUUUCGAUAUUCUAACUCCUUCUUCGACGUUGCCUUCCUAAUCGAGUGGGUCAUCCUCGUGGUCGUUUAUCGGCGAAAUCCUUGUAAGUCUGGGGCAAAUGCUUUUGACACCUUUCUCGUGGUGGUCGGCUUGGUGGACCUCUAUUUCAAUCUUGUCAUAUGGGUCACGGUCACAGAGCUCUCAGAUGCGACGAUUACCUGGUAUGUCCUGCAGGCUGUGACGGCCCUGAGAGCAAUCCGUAUGCUGAGAACUUUCCGGCUUUGUCGUGGAAUACGGCUGCUGCUCCGUGCUUGCCAUGCCUUCUUGCCAUCCCUUGGCUGGGCAAUGGUGCUUCUGGCGGUCUUCAUGUCCGCUGGUUCCUUGAUUAUGGGCACACUGCUCCAGCCGUUUAUCAACAGCAGCGCAGAAUUGGAGGAUCGCAUGUGGAUUUGGUAUCACUAUGGCACUGCGUACCGCUCCUUCUACACUUUAUACGAAAUCACCUUCGCUGGUAAUUGGCCAAUGAAAACUCGUCCAGUGAUGGACAAGGUCUCCCAAGCGUUUUCAAUCUUUUUCCUGAUAUAUGUGACUGUCAUUGUAUUCGCGAUUAUUCGCGUCAUUACCGCGGUGUUUCUGAAAGAUACCCUGGAUGCUGCCCACAACGAUGCCGAGCAUUUGGUGGCAGAGGCACUCCGCAAGAAGGCAGAGUACGUGGAGAAGCUGGAAGGUGUCUUUCAGCAAAUCGACGAAUCUGGCCAGGGCAUGAUUACGGAAGCGCGACUAAACGAGAUACUGCAGGACCCGAAGGUCGCAGUGUAUUUUCAGACGCUGGACUUGGACGUGCAUGAAGGCACAGCUUUGUUCCACAUUCUGGAUAACGGAGACGGAGAAGUCACUCUCGAUGAGUUCAUCAACGGCAUUCUGCGCUGCAGAGGGCCAGCGAGAGCCAUAGACCAAGUUGCAAUGCGAGCCGAGCUGAAGCACUUGGACUUGAAGCUUGCCAGGUUGACGAAAACAUUCAAGGAAAGUGGCUUCAUGAGGAGAAAGGACAGUGGAAAGGAUGUGGCUGGCCGCCGUGGCGAUCACAUGAAAGUUUUCCGAUUGGCAGAACCGGUGAACCGGUUUGCACGGCUGACCAGCUUAGAAUAG